GUGAUCCUGGCAAAAGAUCCAGAACUGGAAUGUUUUGAUGAGAGCAAAUUUGUCUUCACCGAUCUUUCGUUCGGCCUUGGAGUUCGGAUACGCUCAGUUGUUGUACGUGAAACAGACGGGACUUUACGGAGUGCAAGCCCGGAAGAACGCGACAGGAUGGGACGAGUGUACAGAGGGCAUCCUCAUCGACCGGUGAACGAACCUCAGCUUUUCAAACAACCCUACUUGCAGAUGGCACUGGACAGAGAUGACCAUGAAUAUGUGCUCGAUUGGGCUUGCCAUUACUAUCUGCCAGAUGAUCCUGUUUUCAUUGAGCUCUGCCAUAUGAUUUACGAUCAAACGGUUGAGGCCAACAAAUUCGCCAAUUUACACUCCACACGGCAUUUUGGACCAUUUGUAUUUUACCUGGUGCUCAAUAAAAAAUUCCUCCCGUUGCUGCGUUUCUAUGCUGCUGAAGGCAGGUUGGUUCUAAUUUUUCGCAGGCUCUCCUUCCAGUAUAAGGAUGCAGCGAAUUUGAUCCGUCUGAUCAAGAUUAUCUUUCCCGAUGAAGCCUGGAACCGAACAAUGGAAAAUGCUGAUGAUCAGACUGUGUUACAGGAAUAUGCAAAAGAGAACGAAGAAUGCGAACCAGUUCUGCAAGAGUUACUUCGAGCGAGGAGGAGCAGACAGAUGAGAGAUAAAGCAAAUGCAAACGAUUCCAGCGAAACAGAGGAUGCAGACACAAGCGCCGCACAGGUAAGCAUUUCUUUCUCAUUCCUGUACAAAUCAUCAGGUCCCCCUGUUAUCUUUUCUUCUAAACACUUUGUUACUUGA